AUGCCGUCUGCCCUCCACCCCGACCCCCGCCGCCUGCAGCGUGUUGCGCGGAUGGCUGCUGUGUGUUCUCACCCACGCUCAAAGUAUGGCGCUUGUGUCUGCUGUGUGGCGCUUGUGUCUGCUGUGUGGCGCUUGUGUCUGCUGUGUGGCGCUUGUGUCUGCUGUGUGGCGCUUGUGUCUGCUGUGUGGCGCUUGUGUCUGCUGUGUGGCGCUUGUGUCCCGCGGCUUCCAUGCGGCAUGAAGGCCCGCAGGCCCGUGGCGGACAGCCCUGCAGCGCUGGGCGUGCGCGCGCUGUACCGCAAGAUGGUGUGCUCUCAGCGCGGGGGCCUCGUGCUUCCAGCUUGCAACACUCCUUCCCGCUUGCACCUACGCCCUCGUCCUGUUCACCCACGCCACACCGCAGGGCCUUCCAACGUGCUGUUGGCGUGGGUGCUCCGCCACCACCUCGCCUGCCAGGUCGACCUCCUUCCCGCCCUCUCCUGCCACUCGCCACACUCGCCCCGCCACCACCACUCCCCUCCGUCCUCCUCCUGUCGCUCCUCUCGUCAACCACCUGUACCGGCUGCUACUUUGAAUGCUGCCUCCCCUGCAGCGGCGCCAUCGUCAGAUCAUGCGGCUGCCUGCGUGGCUCGCCUCUCAUCUCCUGCUGACUCAGCGCAGCAGCCUGUCCAGUCAGCUCGUGCAGCUGCCUCAUCAGCAAGUGCAGAGCUGGCAGAUCAUAUGUGUCUGCUGGUGCACAUCAACGGCAUGGCAUGGCUCGCUGACGCAGGCCCCUCCUUCCCCUCGCCUCCCAUCUCCAUUCAUUACACACGUCCCUCCAUUCCUUGCUGUGAUGUGAUGUGCGAUUCCCACUCCCACCCAUUCUCUCUCCUCACCCAAGCGUUUCCUCUCCAUGCCACCUCUCUAUCCCACCACCCCUCUCCCCCACAGCACCAGGACGCGGGGGUGUACCGCAUAUCCCCAUGCGCCCCGCCCCACCCGCCAGCACCUGCCGGUGCAGCCCCUUGGGUGCGUGGACGAGGUGCGGGGGCUGUCAGUGUGGCGCCUGCAUGCACAGCAGACGGCUGGGAGAAGCCAGUUGCAGCAGUAGCAGCAGCGGACAGGGCAGGGAGGGAUGGAGGGCAGUAG